AAGACGCGAAGAGAGAUCCAGCCAGCCCAGCACCGCUGUUAGACAGCACAGAGCACAGAGAUCAGACUCUCACUCACCGGGUUUCUCUGGACUAAGCAUUAAUGGACGAUACCGGCUGAAAUAGGCUUAUUGUUUAACACCCGAUAUUUUCGGAAACAUUUGGCAGACAUUCCCUGACGAAUCGGCGGCAUUUCCACAUUACCAUGGGAACUGCAGAUGCACAAAGGCUCCGGGACUGCAAAGGGCAAGCCCUGUUCUGCAUGAUACUGGUUACCGUUUGGGAGGCAGUUUCUGGGCAGAUUCGCUAUUUUAUUCCGGAGGAAAUGGAGAGAGGGUCUUUUGUGGGGAAUAUCGCAAAGGAUCUGGCGCUGGAUGUACAGCAACUCUCAGACCGCGGAGUCCGUAUUGUUUCCGGAGGUAAGACUCAGUACUUUGCUUUAGAUUUCAAGAGCGGCCAUUUAUACAUCACGGAGAGAAUAGACAGAGAGCAGAUAUGUGGUCGAGUGCAGAAGUGUUUGUUAAACUGUGAAGUUAUAGUGGAGGAUAAAAUGAAACUUUUUCCGGUCGAAGUUCAAAUCACAGAUAUUAAUGAUAAUGCUCCCAGCUUCCAGUCAGAAGAAUUCCAGUUAAAAAUCAGUGAAACAACAGCGCCAGGAUCACGGUUUUCUGUGCGUCAGGCAGAGGAUCCAGAUAUGGGACUAAAUUCCAUCCAGAGCUACCAACUCAGCAGUAACAGGCAUUUCUUACUGGAUGUAGAAACGCGAUCUGAUGGAAUAAAAUACGCUGAACUGGUGCUGGAAAAGUCUCUAGACCGGGAAGAACAAGCCGUUCACAAUCUAAUCCUCACAGCCACAGACGGGGGAGAUCCAGUCAGAUCCGGCACUGCGCAAAUCCGCGUUAUUGUUCUCGAUUCUAAUGACAAUGCCCCGGUUUUUAGCCAGCCUGUCUACAAAGUGAGCGUUUGGGAAAAUGUGCCUGAAGGUUCCACGGUUGUUACAGUAAAAGCCACUGACCUGGAUGAAGGAGUCAACAAAGAGGUGAAAUACUCUUUCCAAAAAACCACAGACAAAGCUCCCCAAAUGUUCCACUUGGACCCGAAAACGGGUGAAAUAACAGUCGUGGGGAAACUGGACUUUGAGGAAGCUGCAUUGUAUGAAACUGAGGUGCAAGCGCAUGACGUGGGAGGUCUUUUCGACAAAUCGAAAAUUAUAAUCGUUGUUAGCGAUGUGAAUGACAACGCUCCGGAAAUCUCUCUCAGGUCUUUCAUCAGCUCGAUCCCCGAGGACUCUCCCCCCGGGACUGUGAUCGCCCUUUUAAAUGUGCAAGAUGCAGACUCAGGAGAGAACGGGGAGGUCACGUGCUCCGUACCCGGCAACCUCUCCUUCCAGCUGAAGAAACCCUUCGAUAAUUAUUACAGUCUGGUGACUGACCGAGCCCUGGACAGGGAGCAGGUGGCAGCAUACAACAUCACAGUGACCGCCACGGACAAUGGGACUCCUCCUCUUUCUACAACCACCACGAUCCCACUCCGGAUUUUAGACACGAACGACAAUGCCCCCUUCUUCGAUAAAAUAUCCUACACCGCCUACGUCACGGAGAAUAACCCGAGAGGAGCCUCCGUUUUCUCCCUGAAGGCCAAUGACCCCGACGAAGGGAAGAACGCUAGAGUCACUUACUCUGUUACCGAGGGUCAGAUACAGGAAGCUCCGCUGUCCUCCUACAUCUCCAUUAACUCCGAGACUGGGGCUCUCUACGCUCUGCGCUCCUUCGAUUACGAACAGUUCCGGGAGAUUCGGUUCCAAGUGCAGGCUCAGGAUGGGGGUUCCCCACCUCUCAGCAGUAAUGUCUCCGUCACUCUCAUUAUACUGGAUCAGAAUGACAACACCCCGCAAAUCUUACACCCCUCCUUUCCCACCGAUGGCUCCACGGGAGUGGAGUUGGCCUCUCGCUCCUCCGAGCCGGGUUACCUGGUCACUAAGGUGGUGGCGGUGGAUGCAGACUCCGGGCAGAACGCCUGGCUCUCCUACCAGCUGCUGAAGGCUACAGAGCCGGGGCUCUUCUCUGUGGGACUCCACAGCGGCGAGAUCAGGACAACGCGCUACUUUCUCGACAAAGAUGCGCUCAAGCAAAGUCUGGUGGUUUUAGUGAAGGACAACGGGCAGCCCCCUCUCUCUGCCACGGUCACUGUCACAGUGGUGGUGGCUGACAGCAUCCCCGAAAUCCUCUCCGAUUUAAGCAGCCUCUCAGCGCCUGCAGAUCCCCAGUCCAGCCUCACCUUGUAUUUGGUGAUCGCUGUGGCUUCCGUUUCCUGCUUGUUCUUUAUCUUUAUCAUAGUGUUACUGGCCCUGAGGCUCCGCCGGUGGAGAAACUCGCAGCUGUUUGACUCCUCGAGUGUGACUUUCAGUGGAGUUCCGGUCUCGCAGUUUGUGGGGCUCGAUGGAGUCAGAGCUUUUCUUCACUCCUACUCACAUGAGGUUUCUCUAACCACGGACUCCAGAAAGAGCCAAUUCAACUUUCCCAAAUCAAACUAUUCAAAUACUCUGACUAGUCAGCAGACUUCCGAGAUAAAGAAUCCUAUUCUAAUGACUGAAGAGUUAUACAUUAAUAACGGGGAAGAGACCUCUGUUCAGAGAUGCUUCAAAUCUGGAACACUUCAGGGGAUUAAUGAAAACAAAGAAGACAGCAAGAAUAGUGCAGAUCUGACAGGGACCGGGAUGGAAAUCAGACGCCGAGAGCCGGGCCGGGCAGUCACACGGCAGGUACUGUUAUUUCCCUUCUUAUUGUCUUUGUUCUGCCGGGCGGUCUCGGAGCAGAUUCGUUAUUCGAUUCCUGAGGAAAUGGCCAAAGGUUCCCUUGUGGGGAAUCUCGCCAAGGAUUUGGGACUGAGUGUGAGAGAACUGCCCAACCGGAAGCUCCGUGUUGUCUCUGCAGCUAAAAAGCAAUACUUCAGCGUGAAUGGAGAAAAUGGCAACGUCUAUGUGAAUGACAGGAUAGACCGGGAAGAGAUAUGCGGGAUAUCUCAACUCUGCCUCAUAAAUUUCGAAACUGUGCUGGAAAAUCCCUUGAAUGUUUUCCAUAUAAAUGUCGCGAUCCAGGACAUUAACGAUAAUGCCCCGCUUUUCCUAAAAGAUAAUAUCGAACUAGAGAUUAUUGAAUCUACUUUACCAGGUGCCCGUUUUCUCCUGGGAAAUGCUGAAGAUCCUGACGUUGGGAUGAACUCUCUGCAGAGUUAUCAGUUGAGCCCCAAUCAGGAUUUCAUCCUGGAAGUCAAAGAGAGCCGGGAUGGCAAUAAGUAUACAGAUUUAGUGCUGCAGAAACCCCUGGAUCGGGAGAGCCAGCGCAGCCUUCACUUGAUCCUCACGGCUGUGGAUGGGGGAGAGCCGCAGAGAACUGGGACCGCCCAGAUAUGGAUUAAUGUCACCGACGCCAAUGACAAUCCCCCCAUCUUCACACAGGAGCUCUACAAAGUCAGCCUGAGGGAAAAUGCACCGACGGGCUCCUUAGUGCUUCAGGUUAAAGCCACCGACAACGAUGAAGGUUCAAAUGCUCAGAUCAGCUACGUCUUCAGCAAUAUUCCAGAAAAAGCCCGUCAGAAAUUCAGUCUGGACCCAGAAACCGGGAAAAUUACAGUGAAGGACCCUUUGGACUUGGAAGAGUCACGUGAUUAUCGCAUGGCAGUAGAAGCAAAGGAUGGAGGCGGACUAGUGACACACUGCAAAGUGGAAAUCGAGGUUCUUGACGAGAACGACAAUGCCCCCGAAAUGACACUAACAUCCAUGUCCAAUCCAGUCCCAGAAGACUCACUGCCCGGGACAGUGAUAGCUCUGAUCAAUGUUAACGAUCAAGAUUCUGAAGAUAAUGGAAAGUUCUCCUGCCAUUUGCAGGAUGAUUUGCCGUUUAAGAUAAUAUCGUCCUCCAAUAAUUAUUACAAAAUUGUCACAGACAGCACUCUGGACAGGGAAAGGACCCCGGUGUACAAUAUCACAAUCACAGCCAUAGACAAAGGCUCUCCCCCGCUCUCCUCCCAGAAAACCAUCCUGUUGCAGAUCUCGGAUAUCAAUGACAACGCCCCUGUCUUUGAGAAACCUUCCUACAGCGCCUAUGUGCCAGAGAACAAUCCCUCCGGGGCCUCUAUUUUCAGUGUAGAAGCCUCAGACCGGGAUCUGGACCGGAACGCCCGAGUCACUUACUCCAUCCUGAGCAGCAACCUCCAGGAGCUGCCUCUCUCCUCCUACAUCUCCAUUAACUCCCAGACCGGAGCUAUCUAUGCCCAGCGCUCCUUCGACUACGAGCAAUUCCGGGAGUUUGAAGUGCAAGUGAAGGCCCAAGACGGCGGGUCCCCGCCUCUCAGCAGCAAUGUCACCGUCAGGGUGUUUAUUCUGGAUCAGAAUGAUAACGCCCCUCGCAUCCUGUACCCUUCCCUGGGAGCCGAUGGCUCCGCCAUGUUCGAGAUGGUCCCUCGCUCGGCCGAGGCAGGUUAUCUGGUGACUAAGGUGGUGGCGGUGGAUGGUGACUCAGGACACAAUGCCUGGCUCUCCUACCAUCUGCUCCAGGCCACGGAACCGACGCUCUUCAGCAUGGGGCUGCAUACCGGGGAGAUCCGGACAGCCCGCGCCUUUGCGGACAGCGAUGCUGUGAAGCACAGGCUGGUCACCCUGGUGAAGGAUAACGGGCAGCCCCCUCUCUCCGCCACAGUGACUCUCAACCUGGUGUUUGCUGAGAAUUUCCAAGAGGCUCUUCCGGAAAUGAGCGACCAAUCGGGUGACUCGGCAUCGCAGUCUGAUUUACAGUUUUACUUGGUGCUGGCUUUAGCCUUGAUCUCAUUUUUAUUCCUCCUGACCGUUACACUCGUCAUUGUGGUGAAAUUGCGAAGUUCAGGGAAACCUAAAUUACUUCAGUGUUUUGGUCCUGACUCUUAUUCAGAGGCUAGCCAUAGGUUCGCACUGAACUAUGAUGAUGGAACUUUACCUUAUUCAUAUCAGCUGUGUUUAUCCUCGGAUUGCAAGAAGAAUCCUAAUGUCCAGAUAGCAGAGAAUAUUCUGUGCAGUGACAGCUCUGGGAUGCUAUUUCUGGCCAAUGGAAGUAGCAUCUUACAUGCUGAGAAGGAGACUGCUGGGGAGCAAGCACAGCCUAACCCGGACUGGCGUUUCUCUCAGGCCCAGAGACCUGGAACCAGUGGCUCCCAGAAUGGAGAAGAAGGUGGAGCUUGGCCAAACAACCAGUUUGAUACGGAAAUGCUUCAAGCCAUGAUUCUGGCAUCAGCAAAUGAAGCAGCUGAUGGGAACUCUACAUUGGGAGGAGGAGCCGGCACUAUGGGCCUCAGUACCAGGUAUGGCCCCCAGUUCACACUGCAGCACGUCCCUGACUACAGGCAGAAUGUGUACAUCCCCGGCAGCACUGCCACCCUCUCCAACUCCUCAGGUAAACGAGAUGGGAAGAGCUCAGGCUCUUCAGGUGGAAACAAGAAGAAGUCUGGGAAGAAGGAGAAGAAGUAGAAUUGACAGACCAUCAACAGCUUAGACCAACAGGGCAGACCCCUCCAGCACUCCCCCAAAUCACAGCUUAGGAUAGAGGAUGAAUGUGAAUUUUGUGAUGAAAAAGCAGGAAAUACAACGAAUGUAUGUCAUCAUCAGAGCUAGGAGUAGGGGCUCCUACUAUUAGUCCUCAUGAUGAAAAAUAAUUGGAAACAAAACAAAACAAAAACCAAGUGCCCUGUUAAUACUAACUAAUAUUUUAUACUAUCACUUGGGUAAUUUAAUGUGCAAGGAUGUAAAAUCUUUUAAACAUGUCUUUGGAUUUGGUUUGCUCCAGAAUGGUCCAAGAAAGCCAUGAGGCUUGUACUUGGCUUUGCCCAGUGUAAAUAAUUGUAACAUGGAUUUUUUUUUAUUUAUAUACCUUAGAUCAUUUAAAAAAAAAGUUCCCCAGAUUAGAACCCAUGUUCCAGAUUUUGAUAUUUAAUUUUCCAUUAGUGAAUCUGACCCUGAGUAACCUUGAAAUGGAUUCCUAGUUACGAAGUUGGUAGGGAGUGCUUCAGUUCCUGUUUACCUAUUAUCCUAAAUGAAAUAAGUGUUUACACUGCAUGAGCCUAUGGGAAUAAGGCUAAGAUGCAUUUUAAACAUUUUUUUUUAAGUGUGACCAGUGAUGGCCUGAAAUAUGAAACAAAAAUCAUGAUGUCUGAGAGACAGGGAAUGCAUUCAAACUGCAGUGGAAAAGAUCUAAGUGCAGAGCAUGCCACUAGCAUUAUUGAGCUAUACAAAACCUGUCCAUAUUGAUUUAGAGGCCACUAAAGAGCAAAUUCAUCUCCUCAAUUCUUUGCAGUAAAUAUUUAUAUGUACAGUUAAUGUUUUCCUGGAACUAAAGUUAAGAAAGUCUAAGUCCCCUGCUGUGAGAACAAGGAGCUGCAGCUCCUUAAAGCAAUGAAAUAACUAAGUCUAUACCAAGGAAUGAUAUUAUCAGAGAAUAAACUCUGAUCUAUUUGUAUGGAAUAGAGACUGAAUACUUCACAUUUCUGCACAUUGAACUGCAUGCAAAAUACUCACCUCGCAUCUACCAUAGGACAGCUAACUCCACCAGAUCUAGGGAAGUCAUCAUUGCAUGCAUGUACAGCAUGGUGUAAAUACACUGUCAGAUAAGUGAGUCUCAGUGCAGGCCAAGCAGUGUCUAUCUGGGAGUGGGGUUCAGUAAUAAGUGGCACAAUGUGUUAUAAAGAGUCAUUGCUCUGGCCUAGAGCAGUGAUAAGAUUUGCACAUUCCAUGUCUAUGCAGAGCAGCCAAGGAACAGCCUUUGUUCAUUGGCCUUCAGAACUGGAUACUCAGUAACUGACAGUUGAUUUGAUGAGACCAAGGGACCAUACUCACAGAUAAGGGAACCAAGAACUGGAGCUGAGCACAUGCCACUCACUGCAAAGCCAGUGAGCCUGAGAGCUUCUCUGGAGAUGCUCACAGGAAGGCCCAGGUCAGUCAGGUGACUAAGAGGUAGGAUUCUGAUACCGUGAAGGAUACUGCCGGACCACACACUCAUUCCAGCCCAGACUCUAACUGUACACAAGCAAUUAGAUGUGACUCAAAAUCCACUGGGUUUAGUCAGAAAUGUGGACAAGACUUUGCCUUGUUGUUAGUACCACUGGUAUUGGGAUUUUUACCACAUUGAUAGAAUAGGAUUGUCAGGAAGUAGGGUCUCUCCACUAUGUACCCUUUGUAGCUAUGUACUCUGCUCACUGUUGGUCCAGACACAGCAAAGAGAGAGCGUGCAAUGUGCCCUUAGCAUCAAGUCAGCUUGGCAUUGAGUCCCCACAAGCACCUAGUCAGUGAGGAAGGCUGUAUUGUACCCUUAAGCCCCUCUUCAGCUAGAGAAGGGGGGUGCCCUUUACACUGUGCUGGCUUCCCAUAUCAAAGUAAGUGGGACAGACCUGGGAAGGCAAGGACAAAGAUACAGGGAUAGCGAUGCCAGGAUUGUUUUAACUUCUAAUGAAUAACUCACCUGAGAAGAUCCAGCCUUCUAUGAUCACUCAGGUUAAACUUUCUCCAAGCAGCCAGUGUGCUUGCCUGGCCUGACGCAGCCCAGCCUCCGGCAGUAUUCACCAGAGCAUUGUGCACUAACUGAUGCCUCGUUAGCCAAUUGCUUUCUCCUUGUGUCUAGAGAAACAGAACUUGUCUAUGCGAAGAACUUGUCUGUGUAUGAUUUUUGUACUGAUCCCAGUCACCCUCUGCGGUGGCUGCACUAGAAACAGUUUACACAGUUAGUAAGGCUUAUACAAACUAAUGUAGUUAUUAUGUGACCCUUCUAGAAGUACUGUAGAUGAAUUGUAGUGUUUAUAUUUCCUUUUAAUCAGCAAUCUGAGGUAGUGUAGAGAGUGUUUUGUACUAGUGGUGUGUUAUUUUUAUCUCAGUAAAUAACUUGUGGACAUCAGUAUUUUCAAUUUCUCUUUAUCUUCUUUCUGUGUGAUCUGUGCUCUAAGUGUAUGUGAACUGAAACACACUUGUCCUUUCAAUGUGUCUAAUAUUGAAUUAUACGUAUAUAUUAUAUAAAUGCUUAUAUCCUUCUUAUAUCCAUAUAGACCAAUGUUCAAUGUGCUACACGCAAGUUUUAUACUCUAAUAUUUAUAUUGCUUUUUUCUUUGGGAAAAAAAUAAUAAAAUGGUUUCUUCUGAA